ACCAUCAACAAGAUAUGCGAAACUUUACCUGCGCUGUCACUCCAAUUCGGUCUUUUCAGUAAGAGGGAUGGGACUCUUACCAAGCAGAAGCAUUUUAUGCACACUUUUCUUCAUUAUAGUCCUGUCAGAGGGAUAUUUUCGAUGGGUUGAGGCCGAGCACUGUGUGUGGUAUGGCGAGUGUGGGGAGUCCAAAAAGGUGCCCGGAAAAAAGUACAAUUGCAACUACACUGGUCCCCCCAUCUCGCUACCUGCUGAGGGUCAAGAGCUUCUCACGGAACUUUGUCCUGGAUAUGACUAUGGAAACCGAAGCCUCUGCUGUAAUGUUGACCAGUUGCACACUCUCAAAGGGAGUCUCCAGCUUCCCCUUCAGUUCCUGUCUAGGUGUCCCGCCUGUUUCUUCAAUCUGAUGAAUCUCUUCUGUGAGCUGACAUGCAGCCCCCACCAGAGUCAGUUCAUGAAUGCCACCAAGUUCAAUGCGACCAAUGUAGUGGAAGUGCAGUACUAUAUUGGACAAACGUUUGCUAAUGCCAUGUACAAUGCCUGUAAGGAUGUCCAGGCACCAUCUAGCAAUUUAAAGGCCUUAUCACUGCUGUGUGGCAAGGAUGCAAAGGACUGCAAUGCUACUAACUGGAUCCAGUACAUGUUCGAUAUUAACAAUGGACAGACUCCCUUCCCUAUCAUCCCGAUAUUCUCAGAUGUCCCAGUAUCUGAUUAUACUCCCAUGAACAACAAGACGUAUGCGUGCACAGAGGGCUUAGAGGACGGCUCGGGUCCUUGCUCCUGUCAGGAUUGCACAAAUGCCUGUGGGCCCAAACCUGUACCUCCCCCUCUCCCCCCACCCUGGACGAUCUUUGGUGUCGAUGCCAUGACUUUCAUCAUGUGGAUCUCUUACGUAGCCUUCCUGCUUAUCUUCUUUGGAGUUGUGCUGGGAGCGUGGUGUUACAGGAAAAGGACAAUCAUGUCUGAGUAUGGCCCCAUACUGGACAGUAAUAACCCACUGUCUCUCAACAGUGAUAAUCCUGACCAAGUAAAUGCGUCAUGCUGUGAAACUCUUGGCGAACGCUUCGAGAAUGCACUGCGAACCCUCUUCAGCUCCUGGGGUUCCUUCUGUGUGCGGCAUCCCUCUCUGGUCAUACUGGGCAGCCUGAUACUUGUGGUAGCCUCCUCUGGGGGACUGGUCUAUAUGCGCAUCACCACUAACCCCGUUGAGCUGUGGUCGUCUCCCACUAGCCAGGCCCGUCAAGAGAAGGACUAUUUUGACAGCCACUUUGGACCCUUCUUUAGAACUGUACAGCUCAUUAUAACCACUCCACUCAAUGACACUUUCAUCUACUCCCCAUACUUUGGAGGGUCAGAUGUCCCAUUCGGAGCCAUACUGGAUAAAGACAUCCUGCACCAGGUGCUGGACUUGCAGCUUGACAUCGAAGCCCUCGUGGCCACAUACGAGGGCCAAAACGUCACCCUGAAAGACAUCUGCUUGGCUCCGCUGGCCCCAUACAACAACAACUGUACCAUCUUGAGUGUCCUCAACUACUUCCAGAACAGCCAUGCUGUGUUGGACCACAGUAUAGGAGAUGACUUCUUUGUCUAUGCUGACUAUCACAGCCACUUCCUCUACUGUGUCAGUGCACCAGCAUCCCUUAACGACACCACUCUCCUCCAUGACCCUUGUUUGGGCACGUUUGGGGGGCCCGUCUUCCCGUGGCUGGCCCUUGGGGGUUACGAUGGCACUAACUACAACAACGCCACCGCUCUAGUGAUCACCUUUCCACUCAACAACUACCUGAACGACUCAGUCCGGCUGGGAAAAGCUCUGGCAUGGGAGAAAGAAUUCAUCCAAUUCAUGAAGAACUUCAAAAACCCCAACCUGACCAUAGCGUUCAGUGCAGAGAGGAGUGUCGAAGAUGAAAUUGACAGAGAGAGCGACGGUGACAUCAGCACCAUAGUAAUCAGCUAUGUCAUUAUGUUCAUCUACAUCUCCCUGGCCCUCGGUCACAUCCACAGCUUCAGGAGGGUGAUGGUGGACUCUAAGAUUUCUCUGGGUAUAGCGGGUAUCCUGAUUGUGCUCAGCUCUGUGGCCGCCUCACUGGGGAUCUUCAGCUAUGCUGGUAUCCCUCUCACGCUUAUUGUAAUUGAGGUCAUUCCCUUCCUGGUGCUGGCUGUUGGAGUGGACAACAUCUUUAUUAUAGUGCAGACAUACCAGAGGGAUGAGCGGAUGCCACAGGAGGAACUACACCAGCAGAUUGGGCGUAUUCUUGGAGAUGUUGCCCCCAGCAUGUUCCUCUCCUCAUUCUCUGAGACAGUGGCCUUCUUCCUAGGGGCCCUUUCCAAUAUGCCUGCAGUGAGGACUUUCUCUCUGUUUGCCGGCUUGGCUGUCUUUAUUGAUUUCCUGUUGCAGAUCAGUUGCUUUGUCAGCUUGCUCGGCUUGGAUGCCAGAAGACAGGAGGGGAAUCGACUCGACAUCAUCUGCUGUGUGAAGAUGCCAGAAGGUCAGGAAACCAAGACGGAUGGCUUCCUCUUCCGUUUUUUCAAGAAAGUCUAUGCCCCAUUCAUCCUCAAAGAGUGGGUGCGACCAAUCAUAGUGGCUGUGUUUGUUGGAGUUCUCUCCUUCAGUAUUGCUGUAGUGAACAAAGUAGAGAUUGGACUGGACCAGAAAUUAUCCAUGCCAGAUGACUCAUACGUGCUGGACUACUUUAAGAACUUGAGCGAAUAUCUCCACACUGGAGCUCCAGUGUACUUUGUGGUAGAGGACGGUCUCAACUACAGUAGCCCAGAGGGCCAGAAUGUUGUAUGUGGAGGAGUGGGCUGCAACAACAACUCCCUGGUUCAGCAGGUCUACGCAGCCUCACUCAUCAGCAACUACACAACCAUUGCCUUCACACCGUCCUCCUGGCUGGAUGACUACUUUGACUGGGUGAAGCCUCAGUCUACCUGCUGUCGAUACUACAACACCACCGGGGCCUUCUGCAAUGCCUCGGUGGUAAACCCAUCUUGUGUGCACUGUCGGCCCAUGACUCCUGCUGGAAAGCAGAGACCUGAAGGAGAAGACUUCAUGCGGUUUCUCCCCAUGUUCCUGUCGGACAAUCCCAACAUCAAGUGUGGAAAAGGUGGCCAUGCAGCCUAUGCCACAGCAGUUGACCUGUAUCCGAACAACACAGGGGUGGGAGCCACUUACUUUAUGACUUACCACACCAUCCUGAAGGAAUCCCCAGACUUCAUAGAUGCUCUAAAAAUGGCCCGAAUUUUGGCUGACAAUAUCAGUCAGUCCAUGGACCAUAAAGUUUUUGCCUACAGCGUCUUCUAUGUGUUUUACGAGCAGUACCUCACCAUUGCGUAUGACACAGCUCUGAACUUAAGCGUGUCACUUGCAGCCAUAUUUGUGGUGUCGACGGUGUUGUUGGGCUUCGAGCUGUGGUCAGCUGUUCUUGUCAGCCUUACCAUCGCCAUGAUCCUGGUCAACAUGUUCGGCGUCAUGUGGCUGUGGGGUAUCAGCCUCAACGCAGUUUCCCUAGUGAACCUGGUCAUGAGUUGUGGUAUCUCGGUGGAGUUCUGCAGUCACAUUGUGAGAGCGUUUUCCAUCAGUGUGAAGAAGAGCAGAGUGGAGCGGGCUGAAGAGGCUCUGGCUCACAUGGGCAGUUCUGUAUUCAGCGGGAUCACAUUAACAAAGUUUGGAGGUAUCAUAAUCCUGGCGCUUUCCAAGUCACAAAUCUUCCAGGUCUUCUACUUUAGGAUGUACUUGGCCAUCGUGCUUCUGGGGGCCACACACGGCCUCAUCUUUCUCCCUGUACUUCUCAGCUAUAUAGGUCCUUCAGUCAACAAAGCAAAAGUGUUUGCUGCUAAUCAGCGCUACGCUGGUACAGAAAGGGAGCGCCUCCUCAACUACUAGCAGGCUGUUUGAGACAAUGAACAAUGAACUAACUGUUUGUCUGGGAUGGACUGUGUGGGUAUGAGCGCAAGCAGUUUCUGUGAUUACUGACACACUCAUUGUCGUUGCCACUACUAUGCAUGGAUUUAACUCAGGAGUAACUUGGGAUCAGAGUGCCAGAGGCCUUCACUCAGCUGCAUACGUACUGAUUUCUGAAGAAGACUUUGGACCCCCACCAUUCUUCUUCACACUACAAGACAAACAUGACUUCAAUAUUUGAAGCAUGAGCAACAUAUGGAACAGAAAACAACACUUUGACAGUGUGGAAGUAGGAGAGACACCACCCCCAACAUCAGUUUACAGACAAAUCCUCAGUCAGAUCCAUAUGCUAUGAUCUAUUUUGAUUUGGGAAAAUUCAAAAGGGUAAAACUGCUCAGUUUUUUUUCAUGAUUUUUAAAUAUAUACCAGAAAAAACUAUGUGAAAUAGAGCUGACAUUUUUUUUUGCAAACAUUUACUUAUGUGGGACAUUUGUAGAACAUUUUUGAUAUUAUGAACCAUGUAAUGGCUGGAACACGGCCCACACUGGAGCUAACAGAUAACAAUAGUGAUAUCAUAUGCCCUCAUAAUACCUGGCAUUAACAUGAAUUGUAUUUAUAUGCAUACUGUAUAAUAACACAGGCCAACUGGUUGUAGCAUUUUCACCUAGCAAUAAUAUGUGUUAUGUGUUAUUACUUCCCGUGCACAUAAAGAAACUGGAAUUUGUCUUAUUAUAUCAUAGUUCGGACAGUCAUGUUUUGAGUACAGCACAUUGGAUUUGAAAUGAAACAGUGUCUUUGGCUUUUACUUUCUUUGCUCCAAUCUCUGUUGGGAGUGCAGAGCAGAGAUUGGAGCCCUUUUUGCCAAGAGAGGCAUAAGUAAAAAAAAAAAAAAAAAAAAUACUACAAUUUCCACAUGGAUGUGGCUAUAAACACCCUCAAUGCUGAUCCUUCACAUUGUUUCAUUUCAGAUUCAGUUUACUGGAAUGCAGAGCCAAAACACAACAGCCUGCCAUGUCUUUUAUUGCCACAUUGGUAUCUAUGGAGGUUAUCUUGCACCACAUUUAAUUUUAGAGUUUGUUAAUGUAUCUCAAGUGUCCUUUUGAGGUGUUUGCAUGACUAGAUUGUGACUUCAUGUUGGGUGCAACACAAAUGACCACAGCAGUGAGUGUGAUAUCAGUCAAGACACAUGUUAAUGCCAGAUAUAAUGGGUCCUAUGAAGCUAAUAUGGUUUUAAAUUGAAGUGUAAAUGAGACACUUUGAAGUUACUGAACAAAACAUUUUGUUGCGCCAAGAGACAAAGCUUUACAUUUAACUGUAAAUAACGUAAACAUGACUUAUUCAGAUUUAUUUUUAAGUCAUUUAGAGUGUGAUGUACAGAAUCCUGUAGAAUGACUGGAUAAUGGUACAGUCCUCAGUUUAUCAUUCCUACACAUUUUAGUUUGUUAACCAUUAACAUUAUGUUACCUUUUGCAUUGCUGUCCUUUUAAGUAAAUUCCUCAUAAAUUCCUUGGUUUUCAAGGAAAGAACAACUUUGUAUGGCCAAUUAAAAAGAAAGGAAAAAAAACUUCUGCGUCCUGCCCACAACAUGUCUGAGAUAUUGACUAGUGCAGUUGAUCAUUCAUUGCGCCUUAAUGAGGAUGGUGUGCUCUCACUAAUUCAAUUUGAACAGGGUUGAGACAUUACUGGAAGAGGACGAGGAUGUCAACAUCUGCUUGGGAACUUAAAGGGACAGUACCAUUCCUUGUUCGUAGUUUUCUGGCGCUAUGUUUUUUCCCCCCACCAUGAUGCAGUAAUGUUUUUUGGAAUGUACGAAAGAACUGUGUUGACGGAAAGAACCUGUAUGUGAAAAAUGUUUAUGAGCAACCAAAUGAAAAAGUUGUAACAUGAAUAGGGAAGAAUUGUGCUGAAACAGUGCUGUGGAUUGACGUGGAUGAAUAAUCUGUGACAUUGAAGAUUAAACCAAGCACUGGUUUUUAGUUUUUAACAAUUUUACAAUA